AUGAUAAGAAAUAGCUUAAAAGUUGUUCAGGGUGCUGGGUCCAAGAUAUGGCUUCCUGUUCAACAAAAAUCUGUUGCACUGUGUGUUGCAACCGCAGUGCGGUUUAACUCCAACAAGGCAUCAACUAUUACCAAAUCCAGUUUAACUGCUCAAGUGUACCCUAUAAAUAAAGAAAGCAUUAGUGAAAAGGAUGUUGACGAUUGGCUUGCGGCUGUGAAGUCAUUGAGACAGAAGCACCAUCCUGAGACCGAAGCCGAAGUGUAUGUAUCUCAAUUGGCAGAUCCUCAUAAUGUGGUGGUAGAUAAGUUUGAACCUUCACAACAACAAAUUGAAGAAGCUGAAGCCUUAAAAUCAUUCAAGAUCCCUGGGAAGCAAGAUGCUCUUUUAAGUCAUUUGACCAAUUUGAUUAUGAGAAGUGGUAAGAAGGCAAGAGCAGAAAAGAUUGUCCAUAAUGCACUUUAUAUUGUAUACUUGAAAACAAGACAAGAUCCUGUGGCCUUAUUAUACGAUACAGUUAACAGAUUAGCACCCGUGGUGACCACCAGAGUGAAAAGAACCGGUCAUGCUAAGAAUUACACUGUUCCUGUGGCAUUAAGAAAGAGGCAAGCUGAGAACUUUGCCUUGAAAUGGAUUAUUGAAGGGUCAGAGAAGAAGCGUUCACCAGAUUUUUCAGUUCGUUUGGCAGAAGAAAUCAUCUCUGCUUUUGAAGGGAAAUCCGCAGGUUACGAUAAGCGUUCACAAAUGCAUAAAGCUGCCAUGACGAAUAGAUCGUAUGUGUUUUUGAUCAAAUAA